AUGGUGUUUAAAAAACUAGUCUCUUUUCAGCUUGAUUAUGCACCAGAAUACCGGUUGACUAAGUUUGUGUCGAGUCGCACUCGAUUACAGGUGGUUCAUAUCCAUUCUAAAUCUUCGCCUUUGGUCGAAGGGUAUUUUGCUUUGGGUACAGAUUGUGUUAAUGAUUCGGGUGCUCCGCACACUUUGGAGCAUUUAAUAUUUAUGGGAUCUAAGAAAUAUCCUUGGAAAGGAUUGCUGGAUAUUUCAGGUGGUAUCACGAUGUCGAACACCAAUGCUUGGACCGCAACUGAUCAGACUGUAUACAGCCUAACGUCUGCUGGUUGGGUUGGAUUUAAGAAAUUGCUGCUAGUUUAUUUGGACCAUAUAGUGAAUCCUAGGUUGACUGAUGAGGCAUGUACGACGGAGGUUUAUUACAUAGACCCUAAGGACUUAGUUGAUAAGGGGGUUGUUUACAGUGAAAUGGAGGGCAUUGAAUCUGCUGCCUAUUCUAUUACAAAUUUGGAAGUACAAAGGCUAAUGUUUCCGGAAGGUAACGCCUAUAGAUCAGAAACAGGGGGAUUGACGAAAAAUCUACGGAAGUUGAGUAAUGAGGAAAUAAGGAAAUUUCACGCAGAGAAGUAUUCACCAGAUAAUUUGUGUUUGAUUAUUUGCGGCAAUGUUCCUGAGGAUGAGUUACUAGAUGUUAUACAAGAAUUCGAUGCCGAAUUACCAGAGUUUAAUAAACCUAAACGAAAAAGGCCAUUUUUAGAUUCACCAAGCUCGCAAAUUCCCCGCAAAUUAUCACAAACCAUAGAAUCUACUGUUGAGUUUCCUGAAUUAGAUGAAUCUCAAGGUGAAGUCGUGAUCUCAUGGAUUGGGUUUCCUUAUACUGAUCAUUUAAAUGAUUUAGCAGCAUCCUUGCUAUUUGAUUAUCUUACCGACUCUUCCUUAUCACCGUUCAACAAGUACCUGGUCGAAAUUGAAAACCCACUAGCUUCUAGAGUUAGAUACCACACCAGUGAUUAUAUGAGAACGAUUAUUAAUUUAAAUGUCGAAGGUGUUCCAACUGAAAAGUUGAAUGACGCUAAAAACAAGAUUUUAGAGAUUUUAGAAACCCAUAAAAUCGAUUUGACAAGAAUUAGACAAGUCAUUGAGAAUGAGAAAUGGGACUAUGUCUACGGACGCGAGGUUGGAGGAUUCCAAUUGCUAGCAGAGAGUUGUAUUACCGAUUUCUUAUAUGGUGACGAAGAAGGAAAAAUAUUGAAGGAAUCAUUAAGCAAUUUAAACGACUUUGAAACCUUAUUGACAUGGAGCGUUCAACAGUGGCAAUCCUUUAUGACUCGUUUACUAAAUGAAAACAAACCUGUAAUCGUUUUAGGCAAGCCAAGCUCUGAGAUGUAUUACCGCUUAGAAAAGGAACAGGCUGAUUUGAUCAAUGAAAGGAAGGCCACCUUUUCACCAGAAAAAAUACGGGAACUACAGAAGCAGUUAGAUGACGCCCAAGUGGCAAACAAUAGACCAAUCCCAAGAGAAUUAUUGGAUAGGUUUGCGAUUGAAAAACCUCAAGAAUCGGUUGACUUUCUUGAGACAAGAAGCAUAUCUACCAUUGAGCACGAAGAUAAUGAUUUAAAAGAUGAGUUAACCAACAGAAUCCUGAAUACCAGACCAAAGGACUUCCCAUUGUUCAUGCAUUUUGAAAGUUUCACUUCACAGUUUAUUGAACUGAACUUCUUGGUCAAUUCCAGAGUUGUCAAAGACACUUCUCUUUUACCUUAUUACUAUAUCUUUUGUGAACUGUUCAAUAUGCCCAUGAAAGCAGAAGAUGAUAAAAUUAUCAGUUUUGAAGAUGUGGUCAAAAACCUCAAGGAUGAAACGAUCUCUUACAAUAUAUCUUUGGAGUUGCUUGGUCAAUUCACGGACUUGAUCUAUUUUGGUAUUCGAUGCAAAUCUGUUAACUAUGGUGACGCUGUGAAAUGGAUUAAACAUUGCUUGUUUGAUAUGGUAUUUGAUGAGACACGCGUAAGAGUGUUAUUGGAAAAAUUCUUAAAUUCGAUAUUUGAAUCAAAAAGAGAUGGUUAUAGCAUGCAGGCGUCUUUAAUUAAUAGACAUUUAUUUACUGAGAGGUCAAUGAAGAAGUCCACUGAUGUUUUGUACGUCGAAGGGAUCUUGAGAAAGGUAUUGGAUGAUAUUGAUAGUGGUGAAUUUGAUUCCGUGGUUUUACCUAGGUUAGAGACAUUUAGGGAUCAGUUGAGGUCCUAUUUCCACAAAUUCCAUAUAUUGAUCCUUGGAGAUAUUGGAAAAUUGGAUGAUGUCUAUAAACCAUGGGAGCAGUUGGUUAACAAACUACCUAUGGACAAAUCCCAAGUAGUUAUACCGCCAACUCCUCGUUCUUUAGAGACAGUUUCUGAACUCGGAUCUUGUCCAAUGGAAGUAGCAUAUGUCAUUACCACACCAGGUUCCGCCUCUUCGUAUAUGACUUGCGUUACUUCCAUCCCAAUUAAUCUAGACUAUCAACACCCAGAUUUUGCAGCUGUAGCUUUAGCUUCCGAAUAUUUGGGAUGUGUUGAAGGCCCAUUUUGGAAGGGUAUUCGUGGAUCAGGGUUUGCAUAUGGAGCAUACAUUUCCAAGCAGUACGAACACAAUUGUAUAGGUUUCUCAAUAUAUCGUGGAACCGACAUUAUUAAAUGCUAUCAAACUGCCAAACACAUUGUUGAAGGGUUUGCUGACGGUACUACAAGGUUCGAUCCACAAUUAAUCAAUGCUGCAAUCAGCAGUCUAGUUCUCAUGUUAGCAAGUGAAGGAAACUCUUAUUUUAAUGCUGCAGUGGUUAAAUAUAUUGACAAUUUCUGUAAAAGAAGAGGUCCCAAUUUUAAUACCAAAUUUUUGACCAAACUUGCAACCGUUACCGUUGAUGAUUUGCGGAGAGUUAUGGAGAAGUAUUUUGUUAAUAUGUUCAAUUCUGAGGGGGGUGCUGUAUUUAUGAGUUGUCAUCCAAGUAAGCUGGAGCCAAUUCAAGAAUAUCUUGAAUCACAAGGAUAUCAAGUUAAUGUUGAGGAACUAGCAGAUGACCCAGAUGAUGAAUUUUCUGAUUGUGAGAUAGUUGAGGACUUGGAUACUUGA